AGUUGUGCCACUGUAUCUCCAGGACAAUCCGUUGUGGCAGACAGUCUCGCUGAGAGAUCGGCAACGUAGCCCGUUCAGCCUCGACGACAUUCUUAACUGAUGGUCUGACUUGGUCUAUCAGAAUUAUUCUUCCUUUUCCGCUGAUUCUGCCUGGAUAUCGCAUACUGCAGGUUGGUGGCAUCGAGUGUAUGCAGAAAGACAUUCCAAAGUCGUGAAUCAAAGGUAUUGUUAGACCCCAUCUUCUUCUGGGGCUCACCAAUUGUCUGAAGUGCCUUGUGAAACACUUUCACCAUAGUGGUUGAUCCGAUCACAUGGUAGAAAAGAUGCUGUUUUUACUUGCAAGUAUAGCUCUUAUGCUAUGCGACAAGGGCGUUGCCGUGGGCUGGGAAAACAAUGUCAAUAUCUCCAUAUGUAACUGGCAGCAACUUAGAGCGAACAUAAUUCGAGAUACGAUAUACCUGGAUGGAGGGUCUACGUGGUAUCGCUACGGAGAAUCUGACGGACAAUGGGGACAACUGGUCAACGACGGAAAUGUACACGGACUGCUCUACACUCUCAAUCUCGGGCUACCAUUUGACAACACAACGAACCAAACCGGUCUUUUACAGAGCAUGGAAAAAGCAGGCAGUUCAGCGAGCAACAACAUUGCUCCCAAUUACAAGGACGGUGUCAUGUUUGCAAACGAUGAUGAGUUCAUUCUUUAUGGGGGACUCGCUCUUUUUGAAGGUUUCGAGAACGCACAGUUGCCAAAUCAGAUACUAGGAUACGAAGCAGAUCAAUGGGGCCCAUACAGGGAGUCCUGGAGUCCAGGCUUUCUACAGAAAACACUGCCAAAUGGUGCCACUCGGUUCGUGACUAACGGCGCUGGAGUUUCAGUUCCCAGUGAGAACCUCGGCUUCUAUUUCAGCGGCAUGAGAAGCGAGGACUGGGGGCUUAUUGCAGAAGGAGGCUUCCCAAAUAUUACCGCAAAUGUCACCGCGAAUACUCUAAUUUCAGUUAAUAUGACCACGAUGAGAGAUGAGAAGUGGGAGAAUGAUACCUUGCCAGAUAAUAUCCCAGCCAGAGCCAACGCGGAGCUUGUAUGGAUUCCAGUUUCUGAAUCUGGGGCCUUAAUCGCCAUGGGAGGCGUUACUGACCCGGAGGUCCUCAAUCCCUCUCGCAGCCUUACGGAGGAACAAAUGAUAGCUGCCAACAGUUCCAGUCGAACCUUUAUGACUAGCCUUCCAGUUUAUGAUAUUGCGAACAAGAAAUGGUAUUUGCAAAAUACAACAGGCGAUAUUCCACCUCAGACAGCAUCCUUUUGUUCCGUGGUUGCCGCAGCGCCAGACAACAGUUCUUACAAUAUUUACAUAUACGGAGGGUACAAUGGUGUAUAUGCAGAGGAUCCCCCUUACGAUGACGUAUACGUCUUGUCAGUGCCAUCUUUUACUUGGAUUAAGGUGUAUUCCGGCCAGCAAAAACAUGCUCGAAGUGGACACAAGUGCAUAAAAACAUAUCCAGACCAAAUGUUUGUCCUUGGUGGUAUAUUUGAAGGGGACUCCACUAUUUGUCUAGAUGGUGGUUUUAUCCAGGUCUUCAAUCUGAAUACGCUCCGGUUCCAAGACUCAUACAGCCCCGAGCAGUGGAAUGAGUAUCAAGUGCCGUCUAUUAUCACUGAUAAGAUCGGAGGAAAUGCCAAUGGAGCGGCUACAAAGACGGCCCCGGCGGCUUGGGCUGACGACAGCCUUGCCACGCUAUUCUCGUCCAAGUACACAAAGACUAUGCCCACCUAUUAUCCUUAUGCUUUGGUCUCAAACACAUCAACACCGACUGCUACUUCAGUCACUCCCACAAAGGUGCCAUCUCCUUCAAAUUCCCACAAUCCAUUGCCUGUCUGGGUCGGCCCUGUCCUUGGGGUCGUUCUCGGAUUCAUUGUCAUAGCUGUCCUUGUCGUCUGCUUACUCGUCUAUCGAUGGCGACAGUAUAAGAGGGCUCUUGAGUCCGGAGACGCCAGUCACGGAAGUACCCAUUCCCACGUCCUCAACUGGAUGAAGCACGGAAUGCAUAUGCGGCAUUCGAAAUCCUCCGUACCUGCUGUUUCUGAAGUCGAAGCGAACGAGAAACAUACAUCCUAUGGAUUUUCUGCUGGAACCCCUGCUCAUUAUGCAGUGUCCCCAGUCGCAACAGAGGCGAGUGGUCUGCCUAUACAUGAGUUAGACGCUGCUCCCCAAGGACGAUUUGAGCUCGAGACUCCGCACAACAGUCCUAUAGAGAGUUAUUUUACGUCUGGUCGUCACUAUAGUUCAUCUCUCGACAGCGUCGUCAUGUCAGGUCAACACGACAAUAAAAGUCCUACGGAGUCAUUUCACUCUUCUGAAGGGAACUCACCGACAGUGAGAAGCGGCAUUCAGCGCCAGACGAGUGAUCUAAGCUCACCCCUCUCGGAUAUCUCUGAACAUCAAUCGGAGAGCCGACCUCACUCCCGAGACUCGUCUGAUCACUCAAAUGAACUGGUCAGUCCGCUAGCGGUUAUUCCACGGCUUCGAAUUAGUCGACAGCAAAGGUAGUAUCGCAAGUACAACAUACAAAGCAAGCGUGAUAAAUAUCAUGCAAUAUUUACCCAUUUUAGAUAUAUAAAUGGGUCACAUGCGACUGUAAGGAUCAGAUCUGAUUUGGACUCCGGUUGUUAGAGAACAGCCAGAACACAGUGAGAUCUUUAUUCACAUUAUUGGAUUAUUUCUAGUAACGAUUUUGUGAUAUCAUUUUUUUUAUGUUAGUUACAUGUAUAGAUCGAAAAAAAAGGAAUGUAUCUCCAUGUCAAGUGAUUCAGAUCUCGGUGAUAAUUCUAUUGGGUUUGUUAUAUAAAUACUGCG